GGUUUUACUUGAUAGGUCGACCGAUAGGAAUUGUCAGUGCGUGCACGACAGUAAGGUCAUUCAGUUUGUUGCCGCGGAACGCGAAUAAGCAUUGGGAUACGACAGGGAGCGUGUUUGCAAUAUCUCUCUGUAUUUCUCGAGACGAUCUUGAACAGAACAAUUUGUACAUUCAAUGUGUUGAAAGUUCGGAGACGUGGGGGAUUAUUGUGAGCCACCCCUUGGGCUUCCACAAGCAUUAACCAAGGCCACGUGGACCACGUUGGGAGCCUGGAAAAAUAUGUGCCAGCAUGUCCGAAGCCGGUGCGCCAGAAGCAGCGAGCAAGAUCGACAGGCAGGCGUCGGUUUACGUGUUCCCAGGGCCGGGGUGUCAGCAUUGUACAGCAUCCUCGCCCCCGACGCAAUCGACGAAUGCCACCACCGCGCCCCCCGAUGGCGCCUCGAGCUCCGCGAUUUCCACGAUCGUCCCGCCCCCGAAUGUAUUCGCGAAGGGGAAGAUGAUCGACAACGAAGGUGUCGACGAGGAUCUCGUUGGGCGGGGGAGGCGAAGGCAGUUGCCGAGGACUCACGCGAGAUCGGCAAGCCACGGCGGAAUGCUGGCGGAGUGUCUGACGAGCACCGGGUCCCAGCCUUGCGCGGGAUCACAUCUCGGUCCUUUGUCCGCGAUCGGUGGGACGAGGCCCUCGGCCUUGAAGAAGCCUGGCCACCAGAGAGCGUUCAGCCAGGGUCAGGUGGUCGACGUUCAAGGACACUCGGUCACCGGCCACAGCCGUGUCGGGUCGAAAACGGAUUUUAUCCUUCCGCCCGGUCACAAGGAGGAUUCGAAACCGCCCACCGCCGGGAAAGUGCCCUCUUUUCGUGGCCAUUCGCGACAAGCAUCCAGAUCAGAGUCGAUAUAUACGAUAAGACGUAGCAUUGAACCUCCUUGGUGGAGAAAAGUUUGGGCUCGAUACUUUGGCCCGUUACCGGAGGAGCCUCGUUUAAGAACGAUAGUACCGAAUCAUUUGGUGCCGCCAAAAACACCAGCGAGUCAACAUCCGAAUGGGAAGAGAGUGAAUAAUAGAGUACGUACGACAAAGUACACCUUGCUGAGCUUCCUACCUCGCAAUUUUUUCGAACAAUUCCGCCGUGUGGCCAAUAUAUAUUUUGUAUUUAUCGUUCUACUUAAUUGGGUGCCGGUUAUAAAUGCCUUCGGCAAGGAGAUUUCCGUGAUACCCAUCAUUUUUGUGCUCGGUGUGACAGCGUUGAAAGAUUAUUUCGAGGAUCGUAGAAGGCUUAUCAGCGAUCGUCGUGUAAAUAAUUCCACUUGUCGUGUCUACGUUCGCGAGGACGACAGGUAUGCAAGGGUAGCGUGGAAAGAUGUGAAGGUCGGUGACCUGGUUCACCUCUCGAACAACGAACUCGUGCCGGCCGAUCUGCUCCUUCUACGAAGCAGCGAUCCUCAGGGCGUAGCGUACAUCGACACGUGCAAAUUUGUUAUAUAUAAAAUAUAUAUAAAGAGGAGAGGGAUAUAUAUUUUUUUUCAGCGUUCAAGAUUGGAGAAACGGAUGAACAGCGACGUUAUAUGGUGUGUGGCGAUUUUAAUUGUUUUAUGCGUGAUAGGGGCGGCCGGUUGCCGUUUCUGGCUAUCCGAAUAUUCCGAUUUAACGUUUGUCCCAUUCAUACCGAUCCUCCAGGAUGCUUAUUACGAAAGUAUGCUAACGUUCUGGACGUUCGUCAUUAUUCUCCAAGUGAUGAUACCUUUAAGCCUUUACGUCACUCUCGAAAUGGCGAAAGUUGGCCAGGUUUAUCACAUUGGACACGAUAUCGCCCUUUACGACUCGGAGACGGGACGCUCGGCCGAAUGCCGUGCGCUCAACAUUACAGAGGAAUUGGGUCAGGUGCAGUAUAUAUUCUCUGAUAAAACUGGCACGCUCACUGAAAAUAAAAUGCUGUUUAGACGGUGCGCCGUGGGUGGACAGGAUUAUUCGCACGGCGGAGAUGGUGAAAAUUUGAUACCUUCUUCGCGAUUGAAGGAAGAUCUUCUUAUAGGUACAUUUAGGCAACAUCUUCAAGAAUUUCUAAUCGUAUUGGCGAUAUGUAAUACGGUUGUGGUCAAUUCUCAACCUCAUUACGACACCAUGAACUCGAGCGGAGUGAUCGAAGAGCCUCGGAAGAACGGCAACGAAGAAACUGGAAGAUACACAAGAAUGAUAGAUUCUCGAAGUUUAACACCUUCGCCAAUUAUACCUUUAUCGGCACUUCGCACUACAAAUAGCCCCGAUGAAAACGUAUCGUCGAUCUCUUCUAUGGUGGAAAUUGAAUCCGCUCUUCACAAUUCCACCAAACUGUCCAAUAAAUUGUCGAGGCCAAAAUUCUUAAACGUAACGUCGAUAUCGAGCCUAGGAAUAGGAUUACUUGGAAGAAAAUUGUCACCGAACGGUGAGCACAAGAGACGCAGCCCACUAAGUCCCGUUAUUGAUGGAAAGAGCGGAGACGAAUUGUUACCUAGAGCCGCUAUUUACGAACUUACACAUAUGCCUUUUACACGAAUUAUUAAUAAUUUAUAUAUUUAUUUAUGUAUUUUAAAUUUAUUUGUGAAACGUAAAUUUCAGAUAUUGCCAUUUGACUCGAAUAGAAAAUGUAUGUCUAUUUUAGUACGGCAUCCUCUUACUAAUGAGGUAGUGUUAUAUAGCAAAGGUGCUGACACAACGAUACUAUCGUCUCUAAUUCCUCAAGACGAAAAUUCUAUAACGACCAUAAAAAUUCGACAAUACCUUCAAUCGUAUGCAAGGCAAGGUCUUCGAACAUUGGUAAUGGCUAAGAAAUCUCUAACGAUGCAAGAAUACGAGAAUUGGCGUCAAAAGCAUUCUGAAGCAGAACUUGCAAUGGAAAAUCGUGAACUUCGUAUUAAAGAUUCUUAUGCAAAUCUGGAAUGUCAUUUGACUUUGUUAGGUGUUACUGGAAUUGAAGAUAAACUUCAAGCAGGAGUACCUGAGACUAUGGACACUUUAAUGGCAGCAGGAAUUGUAGUUUGGGUUUUAACAGGAGACAAGCCAGAAACCGCGGUUAAUAUUGCAUAUUCGGCGCGUCUUUUUUCGCCUGCGAUGCAAUUAUUGUGGUUACAAGCAAGAUCCAAGUCUGUUGCCGAGGCCUUAAUUCAUGGAUAUUUGGAAUCUACGCGUAAAAAGAAUACGGUUCAGGGGAUAGAAAAUAUUAGGGAAAUUACGAUGCUUAAUCGUGAUGCAACGGAAAACGAGGCGCAUAGAAUAGAUAGCUCUUGGCCGAGACAACGAGCACUUGUCGUUGAUGGCAAAACUUUAACUGUUAUCCUUGAUCCACGAUCAGGAUUAACUGGAUUAUUUCUUGAGUUAACAAAAACGUGUUCUAGUGUAUUAGCUUGUAGAGCUACACCUCUUCAAAAGGCAUAUAUAGUACGUAUAGUAAAGGAACAAUUGGGAAUGAGGACUUUAGCCAUUGGUGAUGGUGCUAAUGAUGUUAGCAUGAUACAGACUGCAGAUGUAGGAGUUGGUAUUUCUGGACACGAAGGUACACAAGCUAUCAUGGCUGCAGAUUUUGCCAUUUCACGAUUCUCAAUGCUUAGCAGACUUCUUUUGCUCCAUGGUCAUUGGUGUUAUGAUCGAUUGUCUAGAAUGAUCUUAUAUUUCUUUUAUGAGAACGCUACCUUCGUUUUCGUUCUAUUUUGGUACCAGAUUUAUUGCGGAUUUACUGGAACUGUUAUGAUGGAUCAAAUUUAUUUAAUGCUAUAUAAUUUAUUGUUUACGUCUAUGCCACCACUUGUAUUAGGCAUAUAUGAUCGAGUGGCUUCAUCCGGUGUUUUGUUAUCUAUGCCUCAUGUGUAUAAAAGAGGACGUCUGGGAUUAGUAUAUCAAGCGCAUACAUUUUGGAUAACCAUUGCUGAUGCUUUAUAUCAAAGUAUCGUAAUUUUCUUUAUAAAUGAGAAUGUAUACUAUGAUUCAGUUAUUGACAUUUGGGAAUUUGGAACUACUAUAAUGACAUGUUGCGUUGUUACUAUGUUGACUAAUAUUGCCAUAGAAAUUAGAUCUUGGACUAUAAUACAUCUCUUUGCCGUAAUGGGAUCAUUGGGAGUAUUUUUUGGUUUUUGUUUAAUUUAUAAUGUAGUUUGCGUUAAUUGUAUGGGUCUUUUAUGUUCAUAUUGGGUAAUGGAAAUAGCUGUCAUGAGAUAUACGUAUUGGCUUACAGUAAUACUUACCUGUGUUUUGGCAUUAUUACCUAGAUUAUUCUAUAAAACUAUAAAAUCGACAAUAAAUCCAGAUUUUAUACAAAGUGCUAUAUUUAACGCACCAUCCAAAAGUGGCAGUCAUAGACAACGAAUCGCGGAGAGAAGAGAAAAUAGUUUUAUUGCAGGUUGGUCACGUUCAACGCAACAUGCUACUAUAAGAACGGGGACUAAGCAUGAUACAUUGACAACUAUUGUUGCAUGACAUAUCCUGAAGGAUCAAAUAAGACUGUCAGCACGUUAUAACAGAAUAAUUGAAACUGUUAAUAGUGCUAUUCUAUUAAAAUUAUUGGAAAAAAACGAUGUCCUUUGCCGCAUUUCAAUCUUUAUUGUUCCUAAGAAUUGUAAAAGUAUUGCCAGGACAUGUAUUAUUAAUUUUAAUAUGCAUUUUUUCAUGAAAAAAUGCUAUAAUUUAUAGAAAUUAUGUUAGUUAUUGUUUAAUAUUAAUUUUUAUUAUUCAUCGAGUGGCCUUAAAUCUAGACUACUACUGUUUAUUGCAUUUGAUGGCUGUGACUUUUAGGGACCAAAACUUUUAAUCCAAUAGUUACGAUAUCAAUUAGUGAUUCGAUUGAAAAGUACACGUUUAUACGUCAUGUUUCAGUUGUAUAUCGAAUCAAUUUAUUUACAUCACAAUUUCUCAUAUAAAUGUAAAAGAAUAUAUAUUGUAAAAAAAAAAAAAUAUAUGUAAAAUAUAUAUUAUCUUUUAUGAAAUUCAUAUUAUAUAAAUUAUAAAUUUGCGCUAGUAAUAUGUACGAGUAUAUAAUGCAUAUGGAUUUUAUACUCGUGAUUGUAUAAUAGUAAUUUUGGAAACACUGUAUGAUCUGCCAGCAUAGAAGUUUUACUAAAUGUGUACGUAUAUUGGACAUCGUUACAAAUGUUGAUAUAGUAUUUUGAUAAAUGAUAAAAAAAAAGAAUGCGUGUAUAUAAUAAUUUAUCAGUAAAAUCAAGUGUUCUGCAAA